ACGCGCCGGCCGCGCCUCCCAACAGGCACGCCUACUCCGCCUACUAUUCCUUCGCGAACUUGUCUUCGCCACUUCGCUUCCCUCGUGUCUUGCGCCUACGCCUAAAACUCUCCAAACAAACCCGUCUUUUACUAAUAUUAUACAAUUUCGAAUGAUUUAGCUUUCAUAUUAUCAUCAAUAAAAUACAUAGAAAGUGAGAAAUGAACUGUACUAACAUUUUUAUAUAAACAAUAAAAAUCAAACAUCUUAGAUUGAGUUUAAGUGUGCAAUCGUGAUGUUCGGGUUUAAUCAAGUCUAGCGUUCCAAAUAAAAUAUUUCGCUGCUGGUUGUCAAACAAGUGUAUAAUACAAGGGGGGCACUGGAAAGCACCCUUCAUGGAUAAACAACCCUGCUUCGUUUGUUGAAGGGUGUUGAAACAAGUUCAAACUUCAAACGGCUUCGAAUAUGUAGCCGAAACUCGUUGUGGAGCAGUGUUAUGUGUUUUAAUCGGAACUAUGGAUCAUAGUCCUGUGUAUCCUGGCGUCGACCGAUAUGUUGUCGAGUAUUGGAAUGCAAUAUCUAAUGCUAUUGAGCAAAUUCUUCGCAACAAUCCAGGGGCUCGUGUGUCAUUUGAACAAAUGUACAGUAUCGUAUAUAAGUGUGUAUGUGAUGGGUACGCAGAAAGAAUGCACAACGACCUGUUAGCACAGUGUUCUAGGCACCUAGAAGAAGUGGAUCGUUCACUUGAAACUUACAAACCCAGGACACCCCAUCCAUGUGAAAAUGAGUCCCUGAAGAUGGUGCUUUCAUUCCAUGAGGUGCUACAACUUUACUUAAUUGCAGUGCAGCAAAUUACACCAAUAUUUGCGUAUAUGAAUAAAUUUUAUGUGGAAGGUUUGCUACAGACCUCCCUUCAAGGAGAAUUGAUGGAAUUAUUUCGGCAAAAGGUUGCUGAUAAUAGAAUGGAUGUCAUAAUGGCUAAUGUGGAAGAGUUGCUAAGCAAGCCUUUUGCUCUCCCACCAGCAACUGUGUCUUCCCUCUUUGCAAACCUCCAUUGUGUUGGAAGGGGUGAGUAUGGACGGCGAUACCCCAAUCUGUUCUCUCGCUAUGUGCCUGGCGUUCUGCCUCCAAUGAAAGAAAGUGAUAUUGAGGCACAUAUUAAUGAGAUGAAGGAGUUACAGUUUCGCCUCAGGAAUGAAAGUGGAGAUGCAGCACAUGGAGGACAAGGUCAGAAAAGAAGGGGCGAUGAUGAGAAUUACGGUCCUCCUGUUUGUGUUACUAUUGGUCAUCAGGCAUCUCCAACACAAUAUAAUUAGUACUAAGAUGUAAAGGCAUAUUAAAAGUAUGUAUUUAAUGGUCUGUAGGUCCAAAGAUGUGAUGUGUAAUGACAUUUUCCCUUUUAUGCUUAAAUUUUAGUUUGCAAACAAAAUACAAUUGGUAUGACUUUUUUGUAUGUAACUUGUUUAUGUGAACAAUUGCAGUGUCUUAAUUAUCAAUUUUUGUAACUUAAAUGUAUGGUCUGUACAAAAAUAUAUUUUUCAUGCCGAUAUCAAUAUAAACAAGUUUUCAAAAAAAGAAAUUUGUUGAAGUGGGUGUACUUUUUAAGUUUUGUCCUUAUGCAGUACUGAAAAUAAAAAAAUAUUAUCAUUCUUGAGUUUCCUGUGGUAACUUGGCAUAUAACUCAUGGCUUAAAGUUUUUAUGGAUAAUUUAAUACAUUACUGUACCCUUUCCUCUAUUUUGCAUUUGAUUGAUUUUGUAAGAUAUUUCAAACAGGAAUUACUCUUUUGUUCUAUCCCUACAUUUGUUUUAUUUUCAGUGAACAUCAACAAAUUGUCCAUAUUUUGUAAAUAGAUAUUCUUUGAGUUUUUGUGAGAAUCUUUACUUUUUCCUUCUGUAUCUUCUUCAUUUUUAUGUUAAUUUAGUCAUAUUAGAUCAUCCAUCCUUAGACCUACUGGCCUGCAAAACGUAAAUAGGCUAAUAUGCCAAAUUUGGCUUGUGUAAAGGCUACUAGAUCAGAUUUAUAAGUACAAUCCUUUUUAAAACUAUAUUUAAGCAAUAAUGAAGCUUAAGACUUAUUAAGCAACUAUUAUCCAUGACCUGUACUGCCUCUCAAGUUUUAAUUUUAGCCAAAAAUUAUUUUAUUUACAACUUCAAAUUUGUAUGAUUUGUACUGGAGAUUUUACAAUAUAAGAAUUACUAUUGUAUUAUUUUUUAAGCUUAUUGGUUUCAACCAGUGUGCAGCACAUGUGCAGUUCAUAAACAUUUCAAUAUUUACAUGUGGCAUAAUGUAAUGUAUUAUGAAUGUUUAUUGGGUCAACCCCAAUUUCUAAAUUGACCUUUGACUUAGGUGUAUUUAUAUUAAAUGCAUGUUAUGAAAUUGAGAGAUUUACAAAUUAAAACUGGGCAAAGUGUGUUAAUAAAUUUAUAUUUCAUGAAAUACAUUAUAAACUGUUUGUAAAGAAAAGAUAUAGAUUGAUGUUAUUUGGAUGAGAGAUUGAUUUUCAUUGUCUAUCGUAGAAAGGUGUUGGUGAUAUUUAUCAGAAUGCUAUAUUGUGAUAACAAAAGAAUAGUGAUGAUAAUGUCAUUGUUGAUUAUAAUAUUUUACAAACAUAAAUAUUAUUGACUCAGUUGAAUGCACAGUUUUUGUCAGUUUCUUACAAUCUUUUAGAAAAUUACAUGUUUGAUUUGGUUACCUGUUAAUUAGAACACAAUAAAAUUGCUGUGCCAUUUCGUAGUUGAAUUGAUUGUAAUGGCUGUAAUAUAGCUUAUUUGUUUUGUUUUUGUAUUUUAUUAUUUUUUUAAAAUGAAAAACUACAUGUAAACAAACAACCUUUUAUAGUUUUUUGCCAUUCUGCAACAGACUGAAAGGUGUGUAAGGUGUUGAUCGUUUAGAAAACAAAAAGAUAUUAAUUUUUUAGGAGAGUAUGUUAGAAAACUUUAUUAUUACAAUUAGAAAUCAAGAAAUAUAUUGAAUUUUAAUUUGUUGUUUUUUUUUUCUUCACUGGAACGUUUAGUUCAUUACUUUGGUUGGCUUAAGCUUUAUUAGUAUACAAAUACUAAUAAAUCUAUACUGUACACUUAAUGGACCAAAGAAAUUGGUUCAAAAUUGUCAUUAUUGGGUUCAAGAAUUCCUUUUAUAGUGUAAAAGUGUUUUCAUUUUUUAAAUUUUUGUCUACACAAAAUGUUUAAUUCUUUAUAUGUUAUUUUGAUUUAAAAGGAAAUAAUUUGUAGGCUGAUUUGAGCUAAAUGUCUGCAUGCUUUUUUAACCUUCUUCUAAACAUUUAUCUUUUUGUAAGAAAGAACAGAAAAAAAGAAAAAGCUUUUUGGUUUUUCAUUGUUUGCAUGUUAAAUUAGCUUGGAGUUUGUUCUUUGUGUUUUGUCAGGGCUGCCUUUCUUUUUCUUCCUGUUUAGCUUUGAGAAGAAUAUAAUCUUACUUUAUGAAAAUAUAAAGAUAUUAUGUUUGGUCUAGUAGCCUCUUACAGUGAGUCUUAUUUAAAAUUUGGUGUCAUUGUUCAGUGUUUGAUUUUAGUUUUCAUUCCAUUGAAAAAUGUAUGCAGAUUUUGUGAAGUUAUUAAGAUUUCAUUGUUAAGUUGUAAUUUAAUAACUUGUUAUGUAUUACUUAAGAGUGGGAAUCUGAAAUUCUAGUGAAUGCUAAUGAGUGGUUGGAGGUGGUACUUGCA